GCGGAGCGGCGGCGGCGGCGCGGCGCAGGGCGCGGGGCGGCAUGGCCACCACCGCGCAGUACCUGCCGCGGGGCCCCGGCGGCGGAGCCGGGGGCACGGGACCGCUUAUGCACCCGGACGCCGCGGCGGCAGCGGCGGCGGCGGCGGCCGCCGAGCGGCUGCACGCGGGGGCCGCGUACCGCGAAGUGCAGAAGCUGAUGCACCACGAGUGGCUGGGCGCGGGCGCGGGCCACCCGGUGGGCCUAGCGCACCCCCAGUGGCUACCCACGGGAGGAGGAGGCGGCGGCGACUGGGCCGGGGGCCCGCACCUGGAACACGGCAAGGCGGGCGGCGGCGGUACCGGCCGAGCCGACGACGGCGGCGGCGGAGGAGGAAGUUUCCACGCGCGCCUGGUGCACCAGGGAGCGGCCCACGCGGGCGCUGCAUGGGCGCAGGGCGGCACGGCGCACCACUUGGGCCCGGCCAUGUCGCCGUCCCCAGGGGCCGGCGGGGGCCACCAGCCCCAGCCGCUCGGGCUGUACGCGCAAGCGGCCUACCCGGGGGGCGGCGGCGGCGGCCUGGCCGGGAUGCUGGCGGCGGGCGGCGGCGGUGCGGGGCCCGGCCUGCACCACGCGCUGCACGAGGACGGCCACGAGGCGCAGCUGGAGCCGUCGCCUCCGCCGCACCUGGGCGCCCACGGACACGCACACGGACAUGCACACGCGGGCGGCCUGCACGCGGCGGCGGCGCACCUGCACCCAGGCGCGGGCGGCGGUGGCUCGUCGGUGGGCGAGCACUCGGACGAGGACGCGCCCAGCUCGGACGACCUGGAGCAGUUCGCCAAGCAGUUCAAGCAGCGGCGCAUCAAGCUGGGCUUCACGCAGGCCGACGUGGGGCUGGCGCUGGGCACGCUGUACGGUAACGUGUUCUCGCAGACCACCAUCUGCCGCUUCGAGGCCCUGCAGCUGAGCUUCAAGAACAUGUGCAAGCUCAAGCCGCUGCUCAACAAGUGGCUGGAGGAGACCGACUCGUCCAGCGGCAGCCCCACCAACCUGGACAAGAUCGCGGCGCAGGGCCGCAAGCGCAAGAAGCGCACGUCCAUCGAGGUGGGGGUCAAAGGCGCGCUCGAGAGCCACUUUCUCAAGUGCCCCAAGCCCUCGGCGCACGAGAUCACCGGCCUGGCCGACAGUCUGCAGCUGGAGAAGGAGGUGGUGCGCGUCUGGUUCUGCAACCGGCGGCAGAAGGAGAAGCGCAUGACCCCGGCGGCGGGCGCCGGCCACCCGCCCAUGGACGACGUUUACGCACCGGGCGAGCUGGGGCCGGGCGGGGGCGGUGCGUCGCCGCCCUCGGCGCCCCCGCCGCCCCCGCCGGCCGCGCUGCACCACCACCACCACCACACACUGCCCGGCUCGGUGCAGUGACCCCGCGGGCCGGGCCCCAGCCGGCGCGCGGCGAGGCGCCGCGCGGCCUGAACUCUUUUUGUUCGGUUGCUUUGGAUUUUACAAAAAGCCCAGAAACUUUCGAACAAAACCAAACACCCGGACGACCCUCUCUGGCGAGCGGCUGCGUCGCCCGAGCCCCGGGAGAGAGGAGCGAAGAUCCGGAACGCGCCAACUCACCCCGGGCAUCCUGCCCGCCGCCUGCUCCCUGCCCCCAUCCCCUCGACGACCCCCGCCCCUGCCCCCCGGGCUGUUCGGGGCCGGAUCCCGGCAGCGGCCUCCCCACAGCGACAGGUAACGCGGUACGGGGUUAGGGAUUCCCUGGGAGAGAGGACGAAGAGAGGAGGGUUCCCUGUCCCUCUCCCCGGCGCGGACUCCCGAGCCUGCGGGUCGAGGGUGGGGGACUGUCACUUAAUUCGCUCCACGCUUCUUUUCUCCCACAAGGAUGCACCCCAUCCCCCUCACCCUUCCUCCGGGCUUGGUUUUUUACGGUUUUUAUUUAUUCAUGGAGCCUCCCGGCUCCUGGGGUCCUUCUAACUCCGCCCGCGCCCUUAAUUUAAAUCGCUGUAUACUGUAUUUAUCGGGGCCCCGGAGGGGAGGCCGCGAGAGCCGCGUCUGUGUAUAAAAGCAGGAAAUAGCCAAAGCUUUAAUCUAGCCUAAUUUAUUUUUUUCCCUUACCAUCCCUUGCCCUACCCACUAAAAAGCAAAACAAAAACAAACAAAAAAAAAACUUAACAAAAAAAAAAAUUCGAGUGUUCAUUUUUCGUUUCGUUUUAUCCGAGCUGCGAUUCGGUUCCCGGCCACGCGGGAGGGGUCUGCGCUCCCACACACAGCCCCCGGGAAGAGGCUUCUGCCCCGCCGCAGACUGACCGCUGCACAGCUGGGCCCCCGCUCCCCGCGGGGCCCUGCCCUCCUGGCCACCGACAAACGAAACUUGAAAAAGUUGGAGAUAUUUUUUAACCAGCUGUAGAAAUAAGCCGUUCCCCUGAGAACCUUCUGCCUGAUUCCCUGCAGCUUCCGCCUGCUCCCUUUCCAGUCCCACCUGGGAUGCGGGAUGCUGGGGCGGCCAGGAGAGAAAUUCCCCAAGUUUGGGGUGAGGUGGGAACCAUGUAAAUAUGUGAGAUAUGUACACACAUUUUUGUGCUUGGUUUUUAUUUUUGGUUUUUCCGGGCUGCCCUCCAUCCCCAUCCGAGAGGAUUUUGUACACCGAAUAAUCCGAAAAAAAAAAUAUUUUAAUAUGAUUUCCAGAUUUCUGACCCAUCUCUAUUUAUUUUCUGGAUGUGUUUGGAGCUUCCCCCCUUCUCCAUUUCUUGUUCUGUUUGUUACAGUUUGGAUUUAAAUUUUGUUAUUUUAUUUUUAUUAUUUUUUGGAACAAUGUUUUGGUGCAUUCUUUGUAUCUUUAUUGCAAAAAAAAAUAAUGUAGACUGGGAAGUUCCCUUUAUAUUUAUGUUAUAGUAAAUAUUUUAUUACUCACAUAAACAUGUACCCCAGGGCUGUGUCCUGUCCUUUUUACUACCAGGGUUGGGUCGGUGUGCGGGUAAAGUGUUGGGAUACCCUGGCUAACCUCCCCUAAAGUCCUGGCCACACUAUCUUGGAGGAAGGUGACCACGCAGACCUUCUUUCAGGCCAGUAUGAGGACUGCCUCUUACUUGGGCAACAGUUGGAUCCCUGCCUCAGGCGAGUGAGCGUAGGGAAGAUGAAGCUGCCUCGCGUCCCCUCCCGUAAACAGACUAUCCUGAGACCAGACCAGGGCCUCCAACACUGCAGACACCACACUGAAUUUGGGACAGCCAUUCCUCAGGCACAAUUCAACUGCUUCUCAGCCAAGAAAGAAGCCUGCCUCACCUGGACCACCAGCCUGGUGUCUCUGUGCUCCCCACCCAAGACUCCAGGCCCCGGCUUCAGUUUCACUUUGCGCUCCAUGGGUGGAGUCCAGGCCAGCUCUACCCUUCCAGGACAUGGGGCGGUUGGAAGUGGGGCCAGGCCACACCAGCCUGCCCCAGCUGGCUCUCCACCCACAAACACAUGGUGCCCAAACCUAACCUGGAUCCACUGGGAGUCCUAACAGCUUCCACAGCGGUCCUGCAGGAAUUAAGUGGGCCUGGGGAGAGAGUCCUGCCUGUUUGCUUUGGCAAAGCCGGUCCCACUCCUCUGCAAACAAGCCACCUGGCCCAACUUCCCUCGUGGAGGAAAGAGGGCACAGACAACUGUGCCCCCACAAAGCCCUUCAAUCUCUCCAGGGAUGGGUACCCAAGGAACACCCCCCAACUCAGGGAGUGAUGCAUAUGCCUAAAUGAAGAUUCGGUGGUUGUGCAGCCCUGACGGGCGGCAGGGGGUGGGGGGAAGACAUAGUCUCAGACAUCUCCCCUCCCAAGCUUUCAGCCCCAACGUCUCCCCCUCCCCAGAGUCCUGAUGGUGGGGGCAGAUCUGAGUUCCAAGACCAAAGCCCAAGGUUACCUAUGUCCCAGUCAAGAUCCUCUUUUCCCUUUAAAGCAACUUUUAAAGAUACGAAUAAAAUAGCUCUUCCUGCUUCCUCCCUAGAUGCAGUUCCUUUCCCUCCUCAGGAGAAACCACAUGAGGUUUCUCUCACUCUUCAUGGACACAAAGCCUGAAGCAGCACAACCACUUGAUGGGGGGAGAAAGUUGUGUCCCUAGUGAGUGUGUGUGUGUGUGUGUGUGUGUGUCUGUGGCCCCCUCCUUCCAGGAAUUGGCCCAAGCCCAGGACUGGGAGAGGACUUGGCUCCAGCCGAUGUAUCUUGAGCACCCAGAUAGGUGUUCCCAGGCCUCCAGUUUGGUGGUCCCUGGCCAGGCUGAGGCUUUGGGAUGAUGGUACCAUGCUGAGAGUUCCCGGUGACUUUCUGGGCUCUGACCCUCAGUCUCAGGAGGAAUUAUCUCUGCAAGGACAAAGGCCGCCAAGAUUUUCCAAGGCUCAGCCUCUCACUCACCGCUGCUUUCUGUUUCCUCCCUCCUUCAGUCCAGCCUAGUGGGCGAUGAGCCCUGUGAUGGGCACCCGUGUCCCAGCCAUCGCCCACCCUGGCGGGCCAGUGAGCCUCCCCAGGCUUACAGACGGGGCCGGGGAUAUCAUGGCCAGGUGACAGCGUGGCCUCCAUUUCCUGCUCCACUAAGUACAGAACUUCAGAUCAGUCCCACACUCCCCCACACUCUCUACUUAUUUCUCCAUUCCUGGAUUUGUCCCAACCUCGGGGCCCUGAAAUGGAAGCAAGCGAAGCUCAGAGCUCCCUGCUGCCUGUUCCGCCCUGAGCCUCAGCAGGUUUGGAGGUUGGAAAGGCGACAGGGAAGACGGGGGCCUUUCACUGGCCUCUGCCUGCAGCUGACACCAAUUGAUUGAUUGAUUUCCUAAUUGUCUGCUUAAUCCCGUACAAGAGGGUGGAUUUAUUAUUUAAGCAAGUCAACUCAAAAAACAACAAAACAAUGUGGCCUCCCAAGGGCCAGCAGCAGCUGAGAAGUAGAACAAAAAAGUGGGAAGAAAAAAAAAAAGUGGAAACGAGGACGGAAGAAAAGCUUCCACUUUGUGAAGAUUUUACUUAAUGAGACAGCAGCCUGGGACAGCUACCCAGUGACCAACCCCUUGGUCACAGAAGUCCCCAGGGCUCCUUUCCCCAGUCUCCAGCCUGGGGAGGGGGGCGGUAGGAACCUCAGCACAUUUGACUGUGUAAGGAGAAACCAGAGGGAGAGAGAGAUUUUGCCCUGGAGUCUUACUCCCUGGCUAGAGUACGGUUUAGGAAAGGUCUCUCCACCCCGUAUGGAUGUGGAGCCACCUGCUCGCUCCAAGAGCCUCCACUCUCCUCGUUCAAGAGAGGCAGAUGGCCCCGGCAUCAACCUGCAAGGGAGCCCAAGCGUUCCCCAGCAGAGUGGCCAUCCUCUGAUCCCAUCUCUCUCCCCUUCUCACUUGAAGAGAAUUAUUGUCCAUGAUCAUGUGGCCACAGAUUGUGUUCGUUAAGAGAGCGUCACUCUCCCCAUGGGAACCUCUGUGUUGGUGUGUGAAGUUGUGUGUGUACCACUGUGCCUACAAAUCCAGAGCCACUCCCAGAGAUCGGAAAGGGAAGGCCAUGCUACACCAAGAAAGCUUUGAGCUGGGAGAACACUGGCAGUGUGGGCGCUGCCUAAAACCGGAAGAAGGAAGGUGGCCAUUGUGGUCACCUGUGCCCACCAAGGCAAACACAGAAGGGACCUGGCCCUAAACCCCAAGGGCGUCUGUAUCUCCCCCACCUCCUGGCCCAGGAGGUUCUGCUAGCUUGUAUGUGGCAUGGCUCAGGUCCUGUGCAAUCAUCCCUUGGCCCCAGGACCUGACUGGGUAUCCACAGGACUAGCUGACUCCCAACCACAGCUACCCACACCUAGAGCUGUUUGGAAUUGAGUCUCCUCUGGAGGGGCUCUGGGCCUGCGUGUGGGAGGGUCAAGAGUCCAGUGAUGACCCAGGUCCAAGCUUUCCCCAGCAGGGCUUGAGCUCCAGAAAGCUCUAGAUACGAGACCCACCUGAGCAGGGGUAGGAGUGAGAGUAGGUUGGUUAUCUGGCCCAGCGGCUCCCCCUAAGCUUGGCAAACAGGAGUCACCCGGGGCCUCCAGCUUAGGGACUGAAGCCAGAGGAGCCAGCAGUCUUGUCCCUGCCUGGCAUAUUUGAAGGCACUGGAGCCAAUGUUUGGCCGGCCCUUUGGGGCUCCAUGUGGGAGGACUGCCCUCUAUUGGUCCCUGAGCCUGGACAUGGCCAACCUCACAGCUGAGCAUCCCCCCAAAGUUCGGCUUCAAGUUGGCUACUCUAUGGGGGGUGCCAGGUAGAGCAGAGGCAACUGUCACCUCCAAGAAAGCAAGCCUGUGUCACACACACACACACAGACUUGCCUACACCCUUCCCUCACCCACCACCCCACUCAUUCCCCCAGCCAUUCUCAGGAAUCGCCAUCACACUACCUCCUGUCUCUCUCCCACUCGCACCCAUCCCCAGCCCUCCUCCCCUCAGCCAACGAAAGCCGCGAGCAUGCCCUUGCCAGCUUGCCCCCUCGCACACAUGCUCACACACUCGCGGUCACACCCAUACCACCGUGAUGCUGCCCAGUACCAGCCCUGUGGUCUCUGGCACCAAGCUCUCCAGAGCUACCUGGCGCUUGUAAACAUUUGACUUAACACACACAACCAUGCUCUGCAGCAUUGGACCAGGGCCCUUUCUCUCAGAAUUUGCAAGCACUUACCCCACAAACUGCUUUCCAAUCGCUGCCCAUCAUUGUUCCCGGCUCCUCCCAGAUCUCUCCUGCUCCCUUCAGAUAAUUAAAGUUAGGCUGUGUGUUUGUAUGUAUGUGUGAUCUUAUUUUUUAAACACACACCCCCACACGUACAUAUGCGUGUAUAUAUACAAACACACACAGCAAUUAGAUCUAUCC